ACCGCGACACUUCCGGCGAGGAAACAUGGCGGCGGCCGUUCAGGACUCACGUGUGAGUGCGGGGAAAAAGCUGAAGAAUUCCCUGAAGAAGAAGAAGAGGAUGAAAAUGGUAGCCAAGGCUGUAGCCUCGGAGCUGGAAGAUGAGGACAAAGGUGCUGCCGACAGUGGAGGUUCUGUAGGAAGCUGUGGAUUGGAAAAGGAUCACUUUUCUUCUGAUGAUGAAGCAAUAGACGCUGACAAUGAAGAUGAAGUUGAACCCUGUGACAAUGAAGAUGCUGCAGAAGCUAGUGCUGGGACUAAUGUGGGCUGGGCAGAUGCCAUGGCUAAAAUCCUUAACAAAAAAACUCCUAAAAGUAAACCCACCAUUCUGGUCAAAAACAAAGAGCUGGAAAAGGAAAAAGAAAAGUUAAAGCAAGAGAGACUAGAGAAAAGAAAACAGCUUGAUAAGAAGCGGGAAUGGGAAAUGAUGUGCAGAGUAAAGCCAGAUGUUGUCAAAGACAAAGAAACAGAGAGAAAUCUUCAGAGGAUUGCAACGAGGGGUGUGGUGCAAUUAUUUAAUGCUGUUCAGAAGCAUCAAAAGAACGUGGAUGAAAAGAUGAAAGAAGCUGGAGGCUCUAUUAGAAAGCGUGCUAAGUUGAUAUCAACUGUUUCCAAGAAAGAUUUCAUCAACGUUCUGAGAGGGAUGGAUGCAAAUACAAAUGAGAAAAGUUCAACUGGAAAGAGCUCAAAAGCCAAUCAGACUGAAAAAGCAGAAGAGGGCCCAGGAUGGACGAUCCUGCGUGAUGAUUUCAUGAUGGGAGCAUCCAUGAAAGACUGGGACAAAGAAGGUGAUGGACCAGAUGACAGCAGACCAGGAUCUGGAAGGGACUCUGACGUAUAAAGCUAUGGGAAGCACAAGUUACAAUCAUUUUAUUUUUCCUAGAAAAAUACAUCAUGCUCUGAAAGUUGGGGAAUUAUAAGGAUACCAUUUAUAAGAAAACCAAAAGACUUUUACUAUUACCAACUGUGGUGUUUCCCUUUUUCACAUAAACUUUGUUAAAAUUAUAUUUCAAACCUUGUAUAAUUUUAAGCAUUGUUGCUCAGAACAUUUGUGAAAAAGAAAUAUUUCGACUUGACCAUCAAUAUAUGCAUUUUGCCAGGUUCAUUAUAGGUUUACAUAUUGGUCAUGGAUAGUGGCAUUUUGUUUCAGUAUCACCAUUGUUUCUAGGAAUGCAAUACCAAUUCAUAAUUAAAAUGAACUCCUUGAAGUUAAUAUUUUUCAGCCUUCCAACUUAUAGACCGAUGUAUGUAUAUCUUUGGGGGGCAGGGGUUGGUGUUUGUUUGGGUGAGCUACUGAGCAAACCUAUGUAGUAAAAUUUAAAAUUAUAGUAUUUCUGAUUUGGGGUGAUUUUAUUUUUAGACAUUCUGGCAAAUAUGAUUUAAGACACACACCAAAUCUUUACUUUUAUAUGCUAAGUAAUAUAAAUAAUGACUUAGAUUUAUUUUAAGUGUUAGGUUAUUUUUGUAAUAAGAGAUUUACUGAGGUGGAAAUUCUCAUGUUUAACUUAUGCAAUGAGGCAUAAUUUCUUAGGAAGCAUAUCUGAUGUUUUAAUCCCUCUUUUUUUCCCCCUGAAUAUUUGAGUUAGCUUAAAUUCUCUUUUGUGGACUGACUGACCAGUGAAAAAUGGUAGCAUUAGACAGCAGGGAGUCAGCAUCAGAAUACUGCAUCUGAUUUGAGAUUUGAUUUCUUCUUGUUGCCUUAAAGAUUAUUAAAUUGAGUGACUCCUAGUAACUAGCUGUUAAAUAAAGAGAAGAGAAAGUAAGACUGUUUAAUAUCAUUCCAAAAUUUCUGUGAAACUGGGCCUAAGAUCUAAAGUUUGUAGGGGAAAUAUUUAAUAAAUGUGAUCCAUUCCUUUUUUCAAAGGAUCCAUCCUUUUCUCCAUCUUUCCAUAAUAAAAACAGUUCCCUCCUACCACCCAGUUGCACAUACUUGCAUCUGUUAUAUAUCGAAGGAGAAUCCUCCCCUCAAAAUCUGCUCAAGCAGAGAUGUUUAUAUUUGCAAACCCAUUUGUGUGUUACAAGUAUUACAUAACUGAAGUUAAAUGAGUCCAUGGCUUGGUAUCUGUUAUCGUAAAGAAAAGUACACACCUAAGAUAGCAAGUGAUUAAACCAGCAAAGCUCAAAAUGCGUUUUUGUAUUUAUCCCAACAUUUGAACUUUAGUGUCUUCUUAAAUUACAAAAUUGCCCCUGUGACAGUGCAGUAUAAAUAAAUGUGAACAAAUAUUCCUCAAGAGUAACGUGAGAGUGCUGAAAUCCCUAUAGAGCGUAACACAGAUAAAUAUUUCAAUAUAGCAUAGAUAAUUUUGAAAAAAAGUUAUUUGCAGCAUCUAAAAACUUCUUUCUCCCCAGAAUUAAAGAUUAUACUUUACUGUUUGCUAUUAAUCUGUUUCUGGAUCCUACUAAAGCUUUGCUGAAAUUCUUUUGAAUAGUACACUCAGGUGACAGAAAUAGGUAAAUAACUCCCUGGAUACUAAAAUGUUGUUUUUGAAACAUAUGCUCAUUGUAUAGUCUUUGGUUUAAUUUAGAAAAAUGGAGCAAGAUUUUCAAAGUGAAAGGAAGGAAGGGAAUAUUUGCAGAUUUUCUUCUUUCAGAAAUUAUUUCAAAAUAAAACGGAGUUGCCGCUGUGAGGAAAAAAAGUAUCACUUCCAUUAGCAGGCUUUUCAUGAAAUAAUUGUUUUCAUAAAGAUGGGAUGUUUUAUAUGUAUCAGUAUUUCUGCAUCUUGGCUAUAAAAUAUUUAGGCAAAAUACCACAAUAUAUGAAUAUGAAUCUAAAGAUGAGCAUAUUAUCUUAGAAACUAAGUGUGGAUCUUCUGACGGAUGUUUUAGAUAGUCUAGCUCUGUCACCUCUACUCUGAAUAUUUUACCUACAACAUUUACAUUUUUCUCACAUCCGUCAAUCAAUUCUGCAUCUAUUCCAUCUUCCGACAUUGUCUUUGAGUUCUGUAAGGAGGGAAAAGAGGACUGCAUUUCUAUACAGAAAUUAUUUAAAAUUUAUCUAAAUAUAUCAAUAUUCAGAUUUUAUUUUUAGUAACUAUUUACAGUAGUAGAGUAAUAAAAAGGUUAUUUUUAUUUGUUUGGAAAGUACAUGGGAAAUAGUGACCAGGUAACUAGUAACUAGGUAUUAUCUUAUUCCCUUAUCUGGAUAUUCAGAUGGCUGGGGCGAAGGUUCUCAGUGUUUAGCAGAGUUUAGUAUUGGUUAUUGUUUUUAAGCAUUGAAAUCUCAAAGUCGAAGAUAACACCUCUUGUACGCUGAGAGUAACUUAGAAUCAUCUUAGCAGUUCAGCACAUUAAGUUGGAGUUGGAGUACCAAAUUCCUUUUCAAGUUACCUGGAAUAGAACAAGUAUUAUUCUACUCAUUGAAAAAUAUACCUUGGAAACCCUUUGGACCGAAUAGCUCACCUUCAGUACUUAAAGCCUAAAAUGACUCAGCAGGAGGUUCUGGAAGGUUUAUUUGAGGGCAAAUCCAAGUUCUUAAAAAUACUUUGUGUCUUUUACAACAAGUGGGUGAAAAGGGAAUGUUUAACUUCUGGAAAACGUCUUAGGGCUUUUUAAAUCACUGUGUUUUGCACGUAUGAAUAUACUUAAUAUUCAGUGGCCACCAACUAAACUAACCCUGCCACCUGUGCUGGUUUUCAGGACCUGUGAGUACAGUACUUAACUAUAAAGCCAUUAGUUUAUAGAUGCCUAAAUAUGUCCUAGUUAAACGUAAUAGUAGAGAAGUCCUAAGUUUGAAGUGUGAACAGAAACAUGGACAAUCUGAAAACGUAAAUUGUGUUGCUAAGGAGUUAAAGGAAUCAUAAGGCCUAAGAAGAAUGUCUGUAAAGGAAUCUUCAGAGAGCAUAAAUAUUUAUAUAGAAGAGACAGGAGGAGAUAAAUAAAUAAGUUGAUAUUUUUGCAUCCUUUGGAUAACUUUUUUCCUCUCUAUAGUAUUUACGUAUUUUUAUUUUAUUGUAGAUUUUUAUUAAUAUAUGUGUUGAAAGAGUCAUAAGUGAAACAAGAUGGAAGUUUUAUUUUUUCAGUCUUUUUAAUGAGUCCAGAGUACCAUUAUCAUGCUUUGUAUAUCGAUACAUUUGUGCCACAUGAAUUUCACUUUUAAAACAAACAUUUGGAAAAUCAGUAGAUAUAUUUUUAACAUUUGUAAUUUCUUAAGGAAAUUUGCGUGUCCAUGUGUGUGUCUGUGUCCUAGUCCGGGCUGCUAUACCAGAAUAACAGACUGGGGGGCUAAAACAACAAACAUUUAUUUCUCAUAGUUCUGGAGGCUGGGAAGGCCAAGGUCAGGGUGCUGGCAGAUUUGAUGUGUGGUGAGGACUGUCUUCCUGGUUUGCAGACAGCUGACUUCUUCCUGUAUCUUCACUUGAGGAAGAGAAAGAUCAUCCUUCUCAUUGUCUCUUUGAUAAGGCACUAAUCCCUUUCAUGAUGGCUCCACCCUCAUGCCUUAAUUACACCUCCAAGUACCAUCACAUGGGAAGAGAUUAGGGCUUCAACAUGAAUUGAGGUGGGAGGGGGAGCGUUUGGUCCGUAGCGAUGUAUAAUAUAGCAAACUGUACAUUUUUAACUUAUAUGUGGAAGAACUUUAGCUCCCAUUGUUUCUUGACUUAAAUUUCUUAAUGGAAUUAGAAAGUUAAGUGAAUCUAGCAUUAGAUUCACUGAGCACCCAUUCCAGGAACUCUGCUGGAAUUAUUUGAGUGAUGGUAUUGUUAUGCAAAAUAAGGGAUAAUUUUGCUCCUAUGAGGACAAAAAAUUUGAAUCUCCUCUUCCUUUUUACAGUUGAAUUCCUGCAGUAAGUUCUCACUGUAUGAUUUGAAUACUCUGGGAAUUUGGAUUAACCGUGAUAACUUGAAAUAAAUCUGUUAUCUACCGUGACUCUUAAAAACUAUUAUAAUGGAAUGUGAGUGGUACAUAAAUAGGGGUCUUAGAAUAAUGAAGCUUGGCUACAGCUAUGAAAAGAUUAAUUUGCCCGUACUCUAUCGGUAUGUUAACUUUCUUUUUAUUUGGGAACACUUUUCAGUUGAGAGAAACAGAAUUCACUCUGCUUUUUCCUUAAAUUCCUCUGUUGGGGUCAGUGUGACUGCAUUUGUCUCUGCUGCAUGUGUUGGUGAUAGGUAGUGAAUCUGUUCAGCCCUGCAGAUAUAUGAGUGAGAAGACUAUUUGAGGGGAAUUGGCAGUAAGUACAGAUUUUGGAAACAGGAGAAAGAACUGUUCUGUGCCUACAAAAAGUUUUCUUAUUCUUUCCUUAAGAAAACAGGAGUGUGCAUUGUGGCCAGCUGGAGAGAUGAGUCUUACUGACUGUUGCAGUAAAGUUUGACCCAGAGAAUUUCUCCAUUGGGUGGACUUUUCUGAACCCAUUAAAUGUAUUAUUGAUCAGGAGGACCUGUGAACAAAUUUGGAAGUAGAACGAUGUUUGAGGUAGGUGAUGGGACAUUUAGCAUAGUAAUUGAUGUUCAACAAAAUACUAAGACUUUUCAUGAAUAUAAUCAGAAUAUCAUAGAUUGAAGGUACCUUCUAACAAUCCUUAAAUAAUUUUAGACUCUAGUGUGCUUUCUAGCCUAGAGAACCACAUUAAUAUUUGGCAUCUACUCUAAGCAUCAUUUCAGGGAGUUAUAAUUUCGGGCUUUUUGCCUGGGUGUUACGUGGAACCUUUUGUGCUCAGAAGAAGCGUCCUCAGAGAUGCAGUUACAAAACAGGUUUUAUUUUAUUUCGUUUUGUUAACAAUAUCUGGUCCAACAUUGCUCACCUCACUCUUCCCUCUCCUUUGCCCGCCCCACUCUCCCAAUAGCAGGAGUACAUAUUUAGCUUUCUGUGAAAUGCUCUGUGGUUCUCAUCUGAGCAGGGAAGCAAGGAUAUGUAUUGGAGUAGUGGGCAUAAUUCCUAAAAUUGUAGUCUCUGAAUCAGUGCUGUGCAACAGAACUCUCUGAGAUGAGAGAAGUGUUUUCUCUCUCCACUGUCCACGGUGGCAGCGCAAGUGGCUGCUGAGCAUUUCAGAUGUGGCCAGUGAUACAAAGAUACUGAAUUGUUAAUUUUACUUAAUUUUAAUUACUUUACAUUUUAAGAAGUUACAUGUGGCUAGUGGUGUUCUGUCUAACUCUGAAGAUAAGAAAGUUACAGAGCAUCUAUUUAGUCUAAGAAAUCAUCAGUAAUUUUGGAAUCGUGAGUCUGUCUUGAGGUUUUCCCAUAAACCUUUACGGAUACAAUUUAAGUAUAUAAAAAUACUGGUGUAAUUUUAUUGAUAAAAUUAUUGUUGAUUUCAUUUUCACUAUUUGUGUUUCAAAAAAGAUAUAUUAGG